AUGUUACAGAGCGGAGAGAGUGAGGAGGCUGCGUCUGGCUCCCGCUCUCACAGCCAUUGCAGUACAUUGAGCUCCAUAGAGACAGCGCCGGGGCAAGUGAGAGCCGGACGGGCACUGGGCGACUCUGUGCCUCGCGGAGGAUAAAUAAUUAAACAUGGGCAAAGGAGAUCCUAAGAAGCCGAGAGGCAAAAUGUCAUCAUAUGCAUUCUUUGUGCAAACUUGCCGGGAGGAGCACAAGAAGAAGCACCCGGAUGCUUCAGUCAACUUCUCAGAGUUUUCUAAGAAGUGCUCAGAGAGGUGGAAGACCAUGUCUGCUAAAGAGAAAGGAAAAUUUGAAGACAUGGCAAAGGCGGACAAGGCCCGUUAUGAAAGAGAAAUGAAAACUUAUAUCCCUCCUAAAGGGGAAACAAAAAAGAAGUUCAAGGAUCCCAAUGCACCCAAGAGGCCUCCUUCGGCCUUUUUCUUGUUUUGUUCUGAGUAUCGUCCAAAAAUCAAAGGCGAACAUCCUGGCCUGUCCAUUGGUGAUGUUGCAAAGAAACUGGGAGAGAUGUGGAAUAACACUGCUGCGGAUGACAAGCAGCCUUAUGAGAAGAAGGCUGCUAAGCUGAAGGAAAAGUAUGAAAAGGAUAUUGCUGCAUACCGAGCUAAAGGGAAGCCUGAUGCAGCAAAAAAGGGAGUUGUUAAGGCCUAAAAAAGCAAGAAAAAGAAGGAAGAGGAGGAAGACGAGGAAGAUGAAGAGGAUGAGGAGGAGGAAGAAGAUGAAGAGGAUGAGGAGGAGGAAGAAGAUGAUGAUGAUGAAUAAGUUGGUUCUAGCGCAGUUUUUUUUUUUUCUUGUCUAUAAAGCAUUUAACCCCCCUGUACACAACUCACUCCUUUUAAAGAAAAAAAAUUGAAAUGUAAGGCUGUGUAAGAUUUGUUUUUAAACUGUACAGUGUCUUUUUUUGUAUAGUUAACACACUACCGAAUGUGUCUUUAGAUAGCCCUGUCCUGGUGGUAUUUUCAAUAGC